AUGCCACUCUACCAAAAAAGAUAUCUUCGCACGAUGGGUGCGAAAACAAUCUCAUUCUAUGACAUACACAUGAUCAAUGUGUUUUAUCAAUGUUACGCUGCUUGCCAAGGAAAAGAAGCAAAAUGUGUGAAUGGCGGUCUUUCGAAUCCAAGACACUGCUCCACCGCCUGCGUUUGCCCAGCUGGUUAUGGUGGAGCCUUGUGCAACGUGCGUCCACCUGCCUGUGGAGCAACACUGGCGACUACUGCUACGUGGACCACGAGAAAGGUCACAGUUGGUGACCCCGCGAUAACAACAAAUAGCAAUGCUUACAAAAUGUGCACUGAUUGGAUUAGGGCUCCAGCCGGUAAAAUAGCUCAGAUCCGCGUGACAGAACUAAAGGGAGUGAACUGUGUGCGCGGCUGUUGGAUACACGCUAUUGAGCCGAAGAUCGACACCGAUAAACACCUGACGAAUGCAAGAUACUGCUGUCCAGCAGAUCUCAAGCAGAUUUUACCGAGUCGCAUCAAUCCAACACCGGUCGUCUCGUACAGCAUUCGUCGUGCGGCCACAUUUACCUAUCAGUAUAGACACGUAAACCCGUGA